GGAGCUCCACCCAAAAGGGGAAGUUCUGCUUUAAGGACUGCUCCCCCCCGCUCCCCAUUAAGGAUUGGCACCUUUGGGGGGCGGGGGGAGCGGGUACCCAAAUUUGACAGGUACCCGCUCCCACUUCCGGUCCAAUUGCCUAGGCCAUGGGCGAUCGGAAGGUGUCCUCCCUCCCUCCCUGUAGUCUUUUGGGACACGUGACAGGUCCCAGAAGACUACAGGACCAAUUAUGAAGCGCAGCGCUACUCACGCAUGCACAGUGGGUACCUGGCUGUGAAGCCGUAAGCAGUCACAGCCGGGUGCCCACAUUGAAGAUGC